AACCUUUCUCUACUUCACCAAUCCAAUCUAACCCAUCCAUCCAUCCAUCUCUCAGCCUCUCUCUCUCUCUCUCUCUCUCGGUUACGUUCUAUCCAGUCCAGUUGUAAGCUAGGAUGCCACCAACAGCACUCCCGAAUUUCUCCAACUCUGUCAAGCUCAAGUAUGUCAAACUUGGUUAUCAGUAUCUUGUGAAUCAUAUUCUCACUCUUCUCCUCAUACCCAUCAUGGCAGCAAUUGUAUUAGAGAUACUUCGAUUAGGGCCGGAUGAGAUUCUCGGACUUUGGAAUUCUCUCGAGCUUGAUCUGGUGCAGAUUCUUUGCUCUGGUUUCCUCAUCAUAUUCGUGGCCACUGUCUUCUUCGUGUCCAGGCCUCGACAUAUCUACCUCGUCGACUACUCUUGCUUCAAACCCCCUGUUACAUGCCGUGCCCCGUUCUCCACCUUCAUGGAGCACUCUAGGCUUAUCAAUGGAUCCAACACCAAGGUGGUCGACUUUGAAAUGAGAAUUCUCGAGAGGUCCGGCCUUGGUGAGGAGACUUGCUUACCCCCGGCCAUCCAUUAUAUUCCUCCCACCCCCACCAUGGCCGACUGCAGAGCCGAGGCAGAGCUUGUUAUCUUCUCGGCCAUCGAUUCACUCCUAAAGAAGACCGGAAUCAAGCCCAAGGACAUCGACAUUCUAAUCCUCAACUGUAGUAUGUUCUCGCCGACACCCUCGUUGACGGCGAUGAUCGUGAACAAGUACAAGAUGAGAGGCAACAUAAGGAGCUUUAACCUCUCCGGGAUGGGUUGCAGUGCCGGGCUUAUAUCCAUUGAUCUAGCUCGAGACCUGCUUCAAGUCCACCCCAACUCUUACGCACUGGUAGUGAGCACGGAGAUCAUAACCCCGAGUUAUUACAGUGGUUCUCAGAGAUCCAUGCUACUGCCCAACUGUCUAUUUCGAAUGGGCAGUGCAGCUAUCCUUCUAUCCAAUCGGAGAAAGGACAGUUGGCGCGCUAAGUACCGGUUGGCUCAUGUGGUUCGUACCCACAAAGGUGCAGACGACAGGGCCUACCGCUGUGUUUAUGAAGAAGAAGACCCACAAGGUAUAAGGGGUGUGUCCUUGUCCAAAGAACUCAUGGUGAUCGCCGGCGAGGCUCUCAAAUCCAACAUAACUACCAUUGGGCCGCUUGUCCUUCCAGCGUCGGAGCAGCUGUUAUUCCUUUUCACCCUUGUCGGCAGAAAACUCUUCAAUCCCAAGUGGAAACCUUACAUUCCUGAUUUCAAGCAGGCCUUUGAGCACUUCUGCAUCCAUGCGGGAGGGCGCGCCGUGAUCGAUGAGCUGCAGAAGAACCUCCAGCUUUCGGCGGAGCACGUUGAGGCAUCGAGGAUGACACUCCACCGCUUUGGGAACACUUCGUCGUCGUCCCUCUGGUACGAAUUAAGCUACAUUGAAUCCAAAGGUAGGAUGAAGAAGGGAGACCGCGUGUGGCAGAUAGCAUUCGGAAGUGGGUUCAAGUGUAACAGCGCGGUUUGGAAGUGCAACCGCACCAUUAAGCCGGACCCGGAAAGUCCCUGGUUCGAUUGCAUCAACAGAUACCCGGUGCACAUCCCUGAAAUCGUUAAAUUAUAGCCUGUUUUAAUUCAUUUCGUGCUCACUGCAGUCUCUGCUUCUGUCUUCUCAUAAAUUUACUCCUUUAUUUCGCAUUUACUUGUGUUAUUAAACGUUCCCUUCCCAUUC